AUGGGAAGCGGCUUGAGUACCACCCGUCACUCGUCCGAUCCCUCGUCUCACUACUCGUCUCCCUUCCCUCGUCGCCGUGUCAAGAGAACCCGCCGCAAACAUCGCGAUCGCCCCUCGCCAAUCAUUCCGGAUGUCCACGAUCAGCGCGUCUCCGGUUCGCCUCCCGAUUUCGAGGCUUCGGAACCCGACCUAACCCUCCGUCACCGGAACGGGCCGCUUGUCCCCAAUCCGCGCAAGUCACGCACCCCACCUACUCCGAACCAACGCCCCAACAGUCACAUGCGCGAUCCUUCCCAGCAUCACCCGUAUGAGCCUUCUCGAGGGGGGCCCACGGGCAGUGUUCCAGACCCUCCUCACAUGCCUGUUAAGGCCACCUUUCCAUCUACCGACGCGCCCGCAAGUCCUACCACCGCUCCCGUCAGAUAUGGCCGCCCUGAGCGUCUAGGUCUGGACCGAAAGGAUUUCAUUAACGUUCACCGCAAAGAUUACACAGGAAGGAUUGAGCUUCUUCAGGGCUCGGUCGAGGGUCUUGCCAAAGAAGAUGAGACUGAUGUCCUCAUCGUCUACCUCCGCGAGCGCGGCGUGUACAAAGCCAAUCGCGAUUCGUCACUCGCUGCUCUUAAUAGGGCAAAACUCUCCCUCCCAAGCUUGGAGAAGGAAUCUAAACCCCAGCCAUCUUAUCGCAGACAUUACCACUGUUGGCUAUCGCGCCAAAUACCUCGGCCUCGUCCGGUCGGCUUCGAGUACAAGAGAUUACUGGUCUACGAGGAUCCUGGCGAAGAACUCACGAGGGAUGAUAACAUUGUUUUGGAUAUUGUCAAAUGUCUCACCACUGUCAUCGGUGGUGAUGUCAGGAUCGAGUCUGUUCUUAUCCCUUUGUCGGGUGCCCUGCUGUCGCCCUCCCUCAGAAAGCACUUUGUGAAAGCUGCCGUCGAGGUGUCUUAUGCCUGGAUGCGCAUGGGCCUGCCUCUUCGCUCUGUCAAGAUCUUAUUACCCGAGACUGAUAUUACGAAGGAUAUCGAAACUUUUAGGAAGGCUCGCGAUGCCUUAACUAGGCCUGCUAUUUCCCCCGCCCUUGGCCCUGCUCCGGCCCAUGAUGUUUACUUUUCCUACGCCCAGAAGGAUAAGGAGGCGGCCAGGGACAUGAUCUCUUAUCUUUCUUCAAAGAAUCCUUCCAUUCGGAUCUUUGAAGCUGAAUCUCGCGAUAUUACCAUCCGUAAGCGAGGUGUGGUCGACAACAGUAUUAUGGAAGCUGCGAGCGCCAGUCGCAUCUUCCUCGCGUUACUUUCGGACGACUACUUCCAUUCUGUUGAGUGCACCGAAGCCUUCUCGCUAGCAUGCUGCAGGGAUUUCGAGUCACAGGGUAACUUUAUUAUUCCCUUGUUUUGGCGAUCAUGUGAUCUUACGCCACUUGCUAAGCGUCUUGUCGUCACGGAGGGUGUCGAUUGUCGGGAGGCGUCGUUUGAGAAGGCACGGACUCUGCUGGACGAAAUCCUAUCCGCGUUGACAGCACGGAGCCCUCGGGGUGAUGCCGGGCCCAGCCCGGAGGAGAUCCUUGAGGGUGCUGCGGCCGGAUCAGGAAUCAAUGGCAUCACUGGUCAUGAAGAGCAACAGCUGCGUAUCGCAGAAAAUCUCCUCAUGAAGAAGGACGGCAAUGAUAACGAACUUUUCGAAGCGCUGGCGGAGCAACCUGAUCCGGAUGAGACCGUUUCACAGAUGUUCUUUGAUGCCGCAUGGCGAAGAGCUUGGGCUGUUGACUUUAGGGAGAUCGUGUUUGGUCCGAGAAUUGGUGCUGGAGGAUUUGGAGAGGUGUACAAAUGCAAGUACGAGGGGAAGAUGGUGGCGGUGAAGACUUUGCAAAAGGUGGAAGACGACGAUCCGAAUGCGCUUAUGGGCGAAUUUAUGGUGGAAAUGAAGCUGAUGUCUAAGCUCCGACACUCCAACAUUGUACAGUUCAAGAGAGCAUGUAUUCACGUUCCAAACUUGGCAAUCAUCUUGGAGUUUAUGCCCGGGGGCAGUCUGUACCGCGCCAUUCAUCGCAGACGUAGAAAUGUCCUUGGAGCGUUUCCGCUUCUCAAGAUUGUGUGGAUCGCACUUGGCGUAGCAAAGGGGAUGGCAUUCUUGCACGGCCAGUAUCCUGUUGUUAUCCAUCGCGAUGUCAAGUCACCAAAUAUUCUGCUAGGGACAAACGUUCGGGAAGUCAAGAUCACGGACUUUGGGCUUAGCAGACUACGAGUCAACUCGUACGUUAGUACGGGCCCAGGCGGUACUCCUGAAUGGAUGGCACCUGAACUUUUGAGACAAGACGCCUUCAACGAGAAAUCAGACGUGUUUUCGUUUGGCGUAAUUCUUUGGGAACUGGUCGUGGGUGAGAAGCCAUGGCGUGAUGAGCACCCCAUGCAAAUUGUAUACAAGGUUGGUAAUCGGGGUCUCAAACUUCCGACGCCACCGCCAGAACAAUGUGCCCCUGAGCUUAGACAGAUGAUUGUGGAGUGCUUUGCGGACGAUCCCAGCCGACGACCACCAUUCUGUAAUAUUGCUGCAAGAUUAGAAGACAUGUGCAAGCAAUUUGAUAUCUAG